CAAGACUGGACUUUGCAGUUCGACAUUCUAUAUUGGUUCAAAUUAAUCAAAUGGACAUGCUACUGGUAUUUCCGCUUCUGCGACGUUAUGUUCAUACGAUUACUACCGCCAGUAUUGAAUGCAGAAGGCUGCUCAGUUGGAAACAUGUAUACUCUCCAAGCCUUUCAACAAACAAGUAUGAGCAAGUAUGCAACGAUAACCAAUACUUGUGGUCUGCAUCCCAAACCUUUACUGGAGGUGAAUUGUACCUUCAUCCCUGGAGUGACACGACGCUAGCGUGCCGUGCCAGAAGUCUUCUUUGGGGAUGUUGUAUACGAAAGGCAGAGCGGGGAGGACAGGGAACCCGGGCCUGAAGCCGAUCAUUUAUAUCGGUGGUCCGCAGACUUGUAUGGCGGAGCGAUGGAUGGGUUGCUGUGGAGUCCUGUUGUUCGAAAAAUUUGUGUAGCGCAGGUCCUUUGAGUUGGACGCUGUUAUUCACCAUGCAGACGUUUCUGGAAAGCAGGAUUGGUUACUAGCGGCGAAAAUCUUAAAGCGGUGAUUUUAGCUUGAAAUGUAAUGAUAGAAGUUCAACUUCAUAUAUUCUGUCGCCCAUAGAGA